AUGAUGAAGAUUGUUGCUCUCGUCUGUAUGCUGGCUGUCGUCGUAGCAUCUGAAGAAGUGGACAUCCGACCAACACCAGUCUUUCUUGUUGGGGCCAGUAAUGGGAUUAAAAAGGCUUUCUAUGAUAUCAUUUCCAAAGACUGGACUUCUGAACAAAAGGGCAAAGCUAUCGACGAUUUUGUUGCGAAAUUAGACUCAAAAUUCCAGGCUGCUUACGCCAAGUUUAAGCAGGACAUUGCUGUAAUUAAAGCCAAAUACGGCCAGUCUGUUGAUGAUCAGGUUAAUACUUAA